AUGGCGACUACAGAGACGGCGAGGGAGAAAGCUUUGGUAAAUUACAGAAAGAAGCUUUUAGAACACAGGGAACUGGAUGCGCGCUUAAAAGACAGUAUGUUUUAUACAGUUUUAUUUCAUCCAGUCCGAUUGACUGAAGCAAAAGUAAAUUCCGAAAGUCAAUUGAUAUAAAAGCAUGCCAAAUUUUGCAAAACAAACGGUAUCGAAACUUAGAUAUGAGCCCAAUUUAUUUCUUUUGCCAAGAUUGUGUUUUUGAAUGACUUAAGGAUAUUUAAGGAGCAUACAUAGUUUAAAAAUAAUAUGUGCUUGUAUGGAUUUGGACAAACAUCAAAAUGAUGUCAAACAAAGUCUAGUCCUGAUCCCAGCAGUUUUGCUUACUUGUCAGUUUAAAAAAGUUUAAGGCUAUGUUCGCACUACGUGCUGACAUGAGAACCAUACUGGAUAGGGCCUCUCUUCAUACAAACAAGAACGGCUAUUUUGGCAUGAUUUCUGUAAUGACAAGAAGCCAUGCCACGCCGUGCUGAUCUUUGAAGUGUUGAGUCAUUUGUCAGGGUCUGGAAGGGGUUUGCAUGAUCUGUUAUUAUUGACCUGUAAACAGAGUAUGAAUCAGAAAACUUGUGAAAUACAGUCGUGAUUCAUGAAUUAUGUAUUCACCGUGAUAUGUGAUCCUCCAACAUUGUAGUCUGUGAAUUGAGAUUUCUAUCGUUAAAACAGAUGUAAUUGUCGAGAUGAGGGUUUGAAGUUAAACCAUGUAAAAGUGAAAAAUUGUAGAGCUUUGAUUUUAUAGAUGUAAAAUUCACUGCCAGUCAGCUUUCUAGUCAUCAAACGAAAAGCAGAGAAUCGCCAGUUUGAUCUGCACCAUACUUUUUGUUUCCUUCCUAUCACGGGAUCAUUUAAGACCAACUCUUGCCUAUAGUAGUCCCGAAAUCACUAAGAAUAGUUGAUGGACUUGAUCAGUUUGUCACCCAAUCACGUGAUUCGUGAAAUGACUCCAAAAGGUAACAUGAUUCGUGAAUGUAUGGAAAUUUAACCUGUGAUUUGUGAUCCCCACCCACCUCUUCCAGACCCUGGUGUAUCAGAUAAGUGUUCAUGCUGUACCAGAUAGUUUUUUGCACAGUGCGAAAAGCUAUCUGGUUUUGGUACAGCUGGGUAACUGCUGCGCCACCAAGCCACUUAAAAUAUUAUCCUUCAAGAAUAAUGCAGUGAGCCAGAAACAUCCUUAUUUAAACUGUGGCCCACGAAAGCAUUAACAUAAAUUACGUUUACCAGUGUUUACCCCCACAUUAACAAAAUUGUUGUUAUGACAUACUGUAAGUUUACUGUAGUUGUGGAAGCAUUGUUCUUUCUUAUGAAUUUUCAUUUUUUUUAUUUUUCAUAGUGAGGGAUAAACUGAAAGAUUUAAGUAAAGAGUAUGACAAAUCUGAGAAUGACUUGAAAGCUUUACAGAGUGUUGGCCAGGUAAUUAUUCAAGAUGUGUACCGUGUGGCACAAAAUUUUUGUGGGAAUUUAUUUUUGCAGAUUGGUGAUUUUUGUGUUUUGCAAGAACUAAUUUUUGUGAUUAGGACAGAUCGGUUUUUCUUGCUGGGAAUUAAUUUUGGUGAUUUUCAGAAAGUCCGUGACAAAUCACUGAUAGUAUUCUGGGUAUAUGUGCAAUGGAAAUACAUAUUUUCAAACAAUACUAUGGGGGGUGUACCCUAUGUGAAACCAGUAUUUCGUUGUAUACUGUUUUGUUUCUGAACAAAACAGACAAGUUGUAAUUGAACAGACACAAUUUCUUUCUCAUUAAUUUUUUUGUGUAGCAAAUUUACCGUAAGUUAGAGAUUAUUUACUCAGGAGUAAACUUUGGCAGCUUUUUUUUUUUUGCAAGAACUUAUUUUUGCUGCUCUCUGAGAAAAAAAAUUUCAUUCCACAUGGUAUUCAUUUUAAGUUCACAGGUCAUAUGGCAUUUGAAGGCUAAAAAUCCUUCAAGAUCAAAUUUUUUUUUCUCCCGCGAAAAUCUCUUAGAUUAUUAAUUUUUUUUUUUGCUGGUGUGACCCUGUUUACUCUGGAGGGCUUUUUUUUUUUUUGCAAGAACUUAUUUUUGCUGCUCUCUGAGAAAAAAAAAAUCAUUCACUUGUUCCGCAGAGGGGAAGAAGAUCAAAUUUUUUCUCUUAGAUUAUUAAUUUUUUUUAUGGUGUGACUGCGGCAGGGCUAGAUUAGUUGGUAGAGCACUUGACCGCAGAGGGGGAAGUUACAGGUUCGAUCCCCGGGGCAGACCAAUACUCAAGGUCUUGAAAUACAACUGAGAAAUGAAGGUUCUACCUUUGCCCUGCAAGCGGCCUAUGGUUUAGGUGACCACGUAAAGUGGUGGUCAUCCUCAAUUAGUACUUUUAUGCUAAAUCCAUUGAGACUCAACUACAAGUUAUUUUGUCAAAGUUACGUGUUUGGUAUUUUUCUGUAUAGCAAGUACUGGUCACAGAUGACACAAUUUUUAGGAUGCACCUCUGAUUGAGCUUUAGUAAAAGAAGGCAUGGUGCAACCCUGCAAGUUAAAGUUUUUGCUCAGUUGCCAUUUGGCAACCAACUCUUUUGGUUUAGGGAGGCUUUUUUACAAACCAAGUUGCCAACUGCAAAAUUUAAGAUGCCAUGGUGACCAAAAUGGCCGCAACUUGGAGGGUUGCAUGGUGGCCUAGUGGUUUAUUUUAGUGUACCCCACCCCAGAUCAAGAGGUCAAAAUGAGCUCCUUUGGUAGGACUUUUGCACAAUAUCAUGUAUUUCUUAGGAUUUUGCCAAAUAGAAUUUGGAACUUUUUUUGUGAAUUUUCUCUUUGGCCACAGUCAUUAGUGAAAAAGCUAAACUAGCUACUUGAAUUCAUUAGCGAAUGCUUGCUGUGUACCCUAAGAUGUUUGUUUCUUUGAAACUUCUGUUCACAGAUUGUUGGUGAGGUUCUACGGCAAUUGACUGAGGAGAAAUGUAAGUGUUCAGUUUAAUAAUCCAUUUUAUAUGUCUCUGUAUUGUUUAUUUUCAAAAUUAAGAUUCAAGCAUUGUUUUUUUUGCUGAUAGUACAUGGUAUUGAGUAUACCUUUCUUUUUUAGUUAUCGUGAAGGCCACCAAUGGACCACGUUAUGUAGUGGGUUGUAGGAGACAGGUACUUUCUAUAUUAAGUACAUGUAGCUUUAUGUCUGCUCUGUAACCAACAGGUUAGCACUUAGCUCAAGAUUUUGCUGCUCAUCUUAUGCACCUAUCAAUGUAAAGCUGGGAGGGGGGGAGGCAGCGCAGGGGUGGGGAUUUGAAAUUUUUCAAAAAUUUGCCGUCGAAUUCCCUACCCACCGGCAAAUCAUUCCAGUCAAAUGCAACCAAAUUUCCCCACCCAGGGCUGCACAUUGCUAUCAAAUAUCCCAAGACAUAACCCAAGAAAGGCACAAUGAAAAUAUCUCGAAAUAAAACUCUGCAAUCUUUAUUUAUAAACAUUGCUGUAUCACCAAAUAUACAUGUUCCUGUUACAGCUGCAAUUAUACGUUUUAACCAUAAUCUGUGUUACACUGCGUAGAAGACAGUAACCUUUCAGGAGAAAGUAAAUUAAGGGUACAAGGAAAGUCAGUUUUACAUGCUUUAUACAGUGAUUGUAGCGAAUGAGCCAUACACUGAUCAAUUGUACUUGCAAGAAUCGACUUUGUUUCUCUUUACUUCCAUUUACUUUGAUACCAUAGUAUCUUAAGAGGUUCAAUUGAUCAAAAACACGCUAAAACAAACGAAAUUUGAAGACAAAACAGUGAAAUCCACUCAGCUUUUGCUUGUUCCCGUGGGCCUCCAUGAUUUCCAGAUCUUUCCAGACCGUACGGCGCAUGCGUGAAGCGUGGAAGCGUGGAAGUGGGAAACAUAUUUUCGGUCUCAGUCUUUUUUGUCUGAGUCGGCAGUCAAAUAUCUCCACGUCAGGCGAAGAAAGAUUCAAAUAUGCCCUACCCCCAGGGCCAACAAAGACAAUCAAAUCCCCACCCCAUGCCCUAACUCUGCUGAUAGGUGCAUUAUGUUUUUUGUGUCUUUGCACCCUAUUCUCAGUUUUCACUGUCACGCAAUCAAAAUAAUUACAACAUACAAACCAUUAAAUACAGAAAGUCCAGUAUCUGGGAAAUGAAAGAAGAUGAAUAUACAAAAAGCCUCGCCAAGAAUCAGGUCUGUGUGAUAAAACCAACAUUCGAAAAUGUUUUACAUCUGUCUUUAAGGGCGCAAAUAUGGUGGCUUUCCAACAAAACAUCUGUGAACAAAAGUGUGAAUUCAUUGCUUGAGGAACUCACAAAAAUUAAAGUAAUAUUAUUUUAUUCUGAGACAACGAAUGUUUAGAUUGCAAAAUCUAUAGAAAUCUGUAGAAAUUGGUAGCAUUUUUCAGGGCUGUCACUAAGAUUUCAAGUUGCCGGGUAAAUACAACAAGUAGGCGGGGAAUCAAACAGCUAGGGAUUUCUUUUGGUUCUAUUUUUCUUCUAUUUUCCUAUGAAAGUAGCCGGGGGCCACGUUCUUGGUAGCCGGGGAAAUUCCCGGCCCUCGGCUCUUAAUGACAACCCUGAUUUUUAACCCACAUAAAAGUUUUCCCCUUCGCAAGCUAAAUGUUGCAUCACGCAAAAGCUUGGAAUUUCAAGCAUCCUCUAUCGCAAAACGAGACACCCUUUUGAACCGAAAAUUUGUACAAUUAGAGGUGUUUAGCUGCUGUAAUACAUGUACCUCAUGACGUCAAGUGAAAACUGAGAAUUAUUCGCAAGAAGUAACUUAAAUGAUUCCAUCAUCCCAAUGACACUUAGGUUAUUCAAAGAAUACUGUAAACUGCUGCUUAUAAGCCUUGGGCUCCUCCUACAUUUUCAUCAGGCUUUUUUUCUGCUGUGCGAAUGAGGUUGGCGAGGCCUUCGGGUGUUUGUCCAAAUCUAAACAUAAAAAUGGUAGGAAAGCUACAGAAACUGUUUAAAAACCGCGCACUGUGUCAAAUUGGGAAGACCAGAAUGAAAUAUACCUACCCGUUGCGCUCAAAUUCUGCAUUUAAAAUGAGAAGAGAAGCCUCACGAUGAAAACCGGCAGCCAUCUUUGCUGUGGCAAGCAAGCACGAAUGGAAAAAUUGCCGGAUAGGAGUCAAAUUACUCUGCUGCAAUCUCCCGUGGUCACUUUCCUUAGAAACGGGAAUGGGAAUGUCUCUCUCCACUUCCGGUAAAUCCAGCAACUUUCAAGGCGUUUUUUUCUUUUAUGCAAAGAAAAUUUUAAAAAAGAAAACAGGAUAUGCAUAUUACAUAUCUAAACCUCAAUGGUGGUAAACUUUUAAGGACAAAAAAAAAUGUUGAAAAUUUGCCGGUGCAGAUACCUUAAUGGAGGGGCUUAUAUCCAAGAAGGGUGAUAAACCGCCUCAAAAUAAACUAUAGGAGUGCUCAUCAAAAUAUGUUUUGUAUUUACUGAAGUUUUAUUAGGCUUCAAAAUGUCUUAAUAAAUUGAAUUCAUUUCAAUACAUUUGAAAGGGGGCUAAUAUCCUGAGAGGGGAGGGUGGGGGUCUUAUAAUUGGAUUUAUUUUUUUGUUUACGGGUAGAUGGCCCUGUAUAGACGUAACUGGGGGGCUUUUAACCUAUCCACCCCUGAGCUGCCCAUAACCGCCCAUGACGAUCCACUUCCCCGUUUACCGCUUGUGACAUCAUCAGUUUUAAUGGUCAAGGACAACUUUGUCUGCUAACUGGUGCAGAGUGAAGAGAUCUUUCAAACUAUACCAGAAUGAGCACAAUUCAGUCAAGGACACCAUAGAAAAAGGCAAAAAACCAUGUUACAUUGACCUGAAAAUUCCCAUGAAAAUCUUGUUCCACUACCCACCUACCUUUGCUUUCAUCUAAUCCUAAGAUCCUGAGAGCUUUCCUAAAAACUUUUCCUGACAAAAUGAAACCCACUAAAUGCCCAGCAAAAGAAAAAAAAUGAGGCAAGAAAAUAAAGAGGUGAGGAGAGAAAGCAAAAAGUAAAAAUCUGAACUCUUGUAUCACUUUUAAAACCCAAAAAUUAUCUUGAAAUUUUGCUCUCUGCGCAUACCCGAACUUCACAAGCUAAUAUUUUGCAUCUGGAUCAGAAGGGGCAAAGUGUGUGAACUGUACAUGUAAAGGGCUUUGUGGUCAGUUUUAGCUCUUCAUAGCAUGACAGUGAUCAGAAAACUGUUCAACUAGCUUUAAAAUGUGUUUUUCAGGACAAUUUCCAUUGACAAAUGGGUUAAGUAGCAGGUGUACAGUAUGCCAUAUACCUUUUGUUGUUCCUAUCAGGUUGACAAAAAGAAGCUCAAACAAGGAACUCGUGUGGCCCUUGAUAUGACAACACUUACUAUCAUGAGGUAAUGCAGUUGGUUUCUUGUCUAAAAAAUGCCAAAUUUCCUCAAGUAAGUAAUAACCAAAGACAAAUCGCAUCACAGUUUUCUUUUAAGAAAAAAAAGCUAUUUAUUUGAAUUGGUUAUUUUGAGCUAAACAUCAUUUUUGUCUUCAUCAUUUUGCCAAGGUAUCUUCCUCGAGAAGUUGACCCUCUUGUGUACAACAUGUCACAUGAAGAUCCUGGUAAUAUUUCGUACUCUGAAGUCGGAGGACUCAGCGAACAGAUCAGGGAGCUUCGAGAGGUACCUUUGUAGUUUAAGAGCCUUGUGGGAAGAUAUGAUAAUAUUUAUGUGCUUUGUUUUUACUAUUUUUUUUCCCCGUUUUUGAGUUUUUUUCCCUCUAAUUUCAAAAAUGUAUACCUGUACCAGGACUUGAAAAAAUGUUGAUCUGUUCGCCCAGGACAACUUUUUAUCCUAAAUUUCCCGAUGGGCAGGGACCCAGACAAGUUAUCUUGUAACUAAAUCAUUAGCUAUGACAAGCAAGCAGUAGCAGUGGGCAAGCAAAAUGGGAUCAUUAUACGUUUCUGGGAAACUUCCCACCUACUCCUCCCUUAAGCCAACAUUUUGCCCUAAGUGAGAAGUAAGUGUUAAUGUUGGCUUAGGGGAGGGGUAUGUAGGCAGUUUCCCAGAAACGUAUAAUGAUCCGCAAAAUGUGAGAGCUGCUUGUCCUUUGGACAAGCUGGACUUCUUUGUUUUUUUUCAAUCCCAGGUACAUUCCAUGAUUUUCAAGCUAGAACUUGAGUCUGGCAACUUGCCUUUAAGAACUUAAAACUUGCAAGAGCAGUGAAAAAAAAAAUGGUAUGGAGGAAUCACAAUGGCCUAUAGCCACAGAGGGUCAUAAGAGAAGGUCUUAAGUAACACCAUUUGUGCAAUAUUUUUGCAGGUGAUAGAACUUCCAUUGACCAAUCCUGAACUGUUCCAGAGAGUGGGAAUAUCUCCUCCUAAAGGUUGCCUCCUAUUUGGGCCUCCAGGUGAUUACAAGCUUCCAAGUUUUUGAUUAGCUCCUUCUUUUUGGCCCUUCAUUUUACAUUUGUGUACGUGCUUUGAUAAAGGGGUUUAAUGUAUUUUAACCCAGGGACUGCAUAUUUGAACAGGCAGGGAGUAGGUUCUUCGAGAUGCCCUGUAUUUUUUUAUGCCCUGUGGGGAUGGAUGUGGUUAGCCUGUGAAAAGGCUCCCAUGUGGGGCAAAAAAGAAAAGUGGCAAGUGAAGUGAUCGGAGCAUGGCCUGGGGGAGAAAAAAAGGCAGGGGAGCCUGCAGACUUUGUUUUGAGUCCGGCCAUCCACCCACUGGCAAUUUUCCAUCAAAACAAAGUCUGCAGGCUCCCUUGCCUCUUUUUUGCCCCACUCUACUUGGGAGCCUCUUUGUAGGUUACAUGCAGGAUGUGGUACGAAUGAACUCAAGAGGUGGAGUGUAAGUUUUGUAUUUACCACAGAGGGAGGUGAGGGAAUGUUUUGCAGACAUAUGAAGGGAUUUUUCCAAUCCUUCUCCCUGGGUCAUAAUAGAGUACUAAAGUGUGAUGUCAUAAAAAUGAAAUUUCUGAAAUUAUGGGAUUUGUCAGGAUAUUCUGAAAGAACAAUGUCGAAGAGGCCUACUUGCCAAAAAUGAACAUUUGAGGGCAAAUUGUCUGUGAGAUCGUAGGCCAGUUAUGCUUACAAAACUCCAUACAAACCCUUCUAAAUUUUUUUUGGGUCGACCCCAAAAAAAAUUAGAAAAAAAUUGUUUGUUUUUAUAACUGGGCUACGAUCUCAGAGACAAUUUGCCAUGAAAUGCUCAUUUUUGGCAAGUAGGCCUCUUAGACAUUGUUUUUUCAGAAUAUCCUGACAAAUCCCAUAAUUUCAGAAAUUUCAUUUUUAUGACGUCAUCACUUUAGUACUCUAUAAAGAAAGUCUCUAAGACUGACAAGUUAGACUUAUGAAUUUAUUGGAUAAUUUUUUCUGCCUUUCUUCCUCAGGAACUGGGAAGACAUUACUUGCAAGGGCUGUUGCAAGCCAGUUAGAUGCAAACUUUCUAAAGGUAAUUUUUCUGAGUACCGGUAAUUCUAAUGUCAAGGCAAAAUAUAUUUUCUGUACAGAGAGGCCUCACUGCCCCAGUCUUAUUUAUAAAUACGUGUCCAUCCAUUGUAGGUCUAUGGAUUAGAAACUUCUGUUUCCUUCCACUGGCAUUGAGAAAUAACAGGGAGUAAUAAGUCUGUGUUCCUCUGUUGGCUCAUUCAACGUAUUAGUACUCAUGAUCUUUCUUUUCACUUUGAGCUCAAAAUUUCUUUCAUCCUGUUUCGUUUUCAUGCUUCCUUGAUUAUUUUCACCAACAGGUAACUCAGUAGUACUUGCCUGCAGUGUCCCUUUUUCAAGAGAAAGGCCAUCAUUCAUCUUUUGGUCUUUAGAAAAAUAUAAUUAUACAUGUACAAUCAGACUUAAAGGAUAAUGUUAAUUUUCUUUUUAUGUUGGUCAACUGUAGGUGGUCUCCAGUGCAAUUGUAGAUAAAUAUAUUGGUGAAAGUGCAAGGCUUAUAAGAGAGAUGUUUGGUAAAUGUUACUUAAUAGUAAUAUAUACUAUAAAUUAAUACUACCGGUAAUUUUUUAAAAUGACCCACUAAGAAAGAAAUGUGAAGGUCCAAAGAUUUCAAACACCGGGGUCUAAGUUAGACUUUGUUUAAAUAACUGACUCAAUUUGUUUAAGAAUCCCAACUGGAAGGAGGUGACCCAGUUGGCUAUUUACAAGCGUGGCCAAGGAUUUGAACUCGGGACUACCGAGACCAGCUAGCAGUCAGGGCAGGACUUGAACCCCGGGCUUCGGGAUUACAAGUCCAGUGCUCUAACUGCUCGGCCACGCUGCCUCCACUUACUUUUUCUUUUAAAUGCUCAGUAAGUAAUAUUCAUGUCCACCUUAACUGUAGUUGAACUUUCAUUAAAUACUGACACUUUGUUAUUGAGCUUGUACUUGACUACACUGUAGUAAUAUAGACCUUUGUGUGUUUUGUUUAUAGGUCAUUUAAUGUUCUUGAGGGAAUUUGCUUUUUAUCUUGAAUCUGUCCAAAAUUAGCCAGCGGACAAGAAGUCACUUGAGAACCUUGCUUGCCACAAAUGUAGAACUUGCUUACAGGCUAGUCCAAAAUCUGUAUGGAACUGCAAAAAAUUAACUACGAAACAGUUCUCUAAAAUGACAUCACUUGAUCUGUAUUGUAGGGCUUGAAAUUGCGACUGAUACGGUUGCCAAUGCAACUAACUUUUUCUCCUUGGCGACUAAAAGUUCUGGUUUAGUCGUCACUUUGGUGACCAGAUUUCUCUAUGAUUUAGAUUUAAAUUUAAAGAGUAAAGUUAAAACAAACAUUCCAUCUUAUCUUGCUUUGCUUUCGUUAUAAAAAAAUGUGUCAAAUCGCAUAAACGAAACCAGUUUACCUCCAAAUUUAUACUGACUUCUGUUCGCUAUGUUUUCAAACAGUCAAAUCUGAUGGGUCGCGCCAUACUAUGAGCUGCGUCAUUUACAUCAUACAAACUGGCGAGUAAAAAUUUGCAUCUGGUGACUGUAUUUCUCCAGUUGGUCGCCAAUAGGCAACCUGAAGAUAAUUUAAUUUCGAGCCCUGUAUUGGGAGGGCCAAAAAUAAAAGCUAAAGAGAUCUUUUAUGCUUAUUAGCUGUCUUUAAAAUCUCAAACUUUACAACAAGAUUUCAUUCACAGACUUAAAAGUUAGAAUCAUCUUGAAUAGCAAGAUAAUGGUACCUUAAAAAAAGUUACACAGACAGUUACCGCGCUUCGUAUAUGACUAAUAAGAAUGGAUCGGUUUUAUCUGUUUUGUUUCACAGGUUAUGCGAGAGAUCAUGAGCCAUGCAUUAUUUUUAUGGAUGAAAUUGAUGCUAUCGGUAUGUGUCAUUUAGUAAACACUUCACUUGCUGUGAAAGAGAAUGUAUCUUUCAAAGCUAGAGGACUUCACUACCACUUUACCAGUCUUGCACCUUAACAACUUUGUAGCCUGUGUGGCAGGCGCGAAAGGGGAGGGGAAGGGGGAAGGAGAAAAGUGCGAAAGCUCUCUCUCCCCAAUCCCCCUCCCUUUUUCCCUUCCUCCCUAUCCCCUACCCCCUUUCGACGCCUGCUAUGCAGGCUAACAACUUUGGUGAUUUCUUGUUGUUGCAGAUGGGUGUGAUCAAUAAAUUAUGUAUUAAAAAAGAUUGAAAAGACACUUAGCAAUACCUAAACCAGUACAUAAUAACAUGACCAACAAUGGUUUCUGCAACACUAAACACCCCCAACUUUGCUAACUGGGUAGCAUCUCUUUGGAGAUGGAAGAAAAGAAACUGGUUUCUCAAUGUGGUUUCCCAUCAGCAUAUCAAAAGCCUCUCGGUGGCUGAAGGGAAUGUGCUGAAAAGAGUAUUAUGCAGACAUGAUAGUUAUACAUUGACGUACUGUUUAGCUUGUAGCCAUAUGCCCAUCUAUCAACCAAUAACUUUAUUAACGUGUCCGAAAACUUCUAGCACACCACAAGUGACGCACUAAUGGUGGACACUUAAAUAUUUUAGACCUGUAAUAUAAAUAAUAUAAUAUAAUCUGUUGGAAUUGCACAAUUUUACAUUUCCGCAGUAAAAAUAAGGCAUUUGUAAACAAUUUUUUACGUCAUUAUUGUUUUCUUGUAGGUGGGCGUCGUUUCUCGGAGGGUACUUCUGCUGACAGAGAAAUACAGCGAACACUUAUGGAGGUUGGUAGUUCACAAGGAUUGGACCUCGUAAUAAAUAAUUUGAUUAUAAGCCACUAGGGUUUAAACUUAGAAUUCUAGUAGCAGGAGAAAGGUUUAACGUUGCCGGAGAAUAUUUCGAAAAAGUCUCCGCGUCUGAAUAGAAAAUGGCCGUAGGCUACCGAACAUUUGCCGGCGAAUUCUGCAUAGUUAACGGAGAAUUCUCCUAUCUCCAAUGCCUAAUAAACACCCUGAUUUAUUUACCACCGAUACAUUGAAGUUCGGAUUUUUCGAACCUCCUGGGCAAAAGAAUUUAGGUCCAGUGUAUUAUCAAGAAGUUUGAAAAAUCAGGAGUAAAAUUGCAGUGUUUGGCGACUGAAAGGAAGUCAGUUUUGUUUUGAAAUAUAGGGAAGUUCGAAAAAGCGGGGGUAAAAUUACAGUGAUUGGAUGGAAAAGGGAAUUCAGUUUUGUUUUGAAUUAUUGGGAGGUUUAAAUAAUCGGGGGUAAAAUUACAGUGUUUGGAAAAGAAAAGGAAGUCAAUUUACUGCUGAGUUAUUGAAGGGUUCGAAAAAUCGAGGAUAUAACCGUGAGUUAGUUUGGCAGCGGUGUAUCAGGUUCACAGAGGUUUUUCAAUUUUUUCUUUUGUUUGUUGUAAAUUGUUUUGUGAUGGUUGUGUUCAAAGCGCUGUUGCGUUGCGUUGUUGUGUGGCAGACAAAUGGCAUUCAGUGUGUGAGAAAAAAGAUGUUUCUUAGGGUUACUAUUAGGUAACCUUAGGAUUUAUGUGUAGUGAUAAACUUGAUCAGCAGAGAGACGAUGUUAUCGACUUAUGGAGUUUGAAUAGUGCAUUAAGAAUACUCAACCUUUGCUAGUGGUCUAUCUAAAAACAACUGUGUCUUUUUUUAGCUUCUGAACCAAAUGGAUGGCUUUGAUGCCUUAGGACAGGUAAAGGAUGUUUUCCAUUUUUCUACUUUGUCUAGUUCCAACAACUUAGAUGUAGAUAAUAGGAUACCUUGAGGUGAAAAAAUCUCACUAAACACUUGGCAAAGUACGAACGUAAAAAUUACGUGCAACAAUAAAGAGAAUAAUAAUAAAAAAUUAUCUGAGGUAGUUCUGAAAUUCUUCAAGGGACGAAAUACGAGGGAUAUCGGGGAGGAGCUGAUUCCAGUCUCUAGCAGUUCUUGGGAAAAAGGAAAACUUGGACACAUCUGUCUUACAAUGGGGAACAUGAUUUCCUCUUUUGCCAUCCCCUUUGCGGUGCCUGCGAGACAAACUAGAAAAAUUGUGGAUAAUAUGAUAAUAAAUAAAUAUUUUUUGUGUUAACAUUUCGACGCAGUGGCUCUAUUUGUCGAUUUAUUUAUUUCUAUAACUUCUUCUUCGUCGUCGUUCGAAAAGUCAGCUCAUCACCGAUGUUAUAAUAGGAUAGAGUUACGCCGUAGGCUCUUGUUAAAAUGUCCACCCUUUCCCUCUCCUCACAGGUUAAAAUAAUCAUGGCCACAAACCGUCCCGACACUCUCGACCCAGCCCUUCUCAGGCCAGGUCGUCUGGAUCGUAAGAUAGGUAAGUGCACCUUGGUUGAAGUGACGUUGCAUGAAAUAAUUUGAAUCGGGCUGCUGCUAUCUAGUCUCCCUCGCAGCCGUUUCUGUCUCGUCACGCAACGCUCUUUGUUGGGGAGGAGCGUUACGUUACAAAAACGACUGCCAGGGAGAGUAGCUACAACGGGACUUCUGGAAACUAGUAUGUUUUAACGGCUCUCAAUCGAGAAUAAAGUCAUUGAAAAUGUCUGGAAUUUGAAACACUGUAAGACUAUAACACGCUCCUUUUCCGGGAAGUUCGGACUUGAGAGUAGUGAAUUUUCUUAAAGGCCUGCAGUUCGUAUCUCAUUUUAGCCAUUAGAGGCCGGUUAUUUAAACAAAGAUUAACUUAGACCGAAGUCAGGACAAUCUGUGGACCUGCAGAUCUGUUUCUGGAUGGGUUUACCUUAUAUCUUUGUUUAUAUUUUAUGGUCUGCAUUAAAUGCCUUCUUUGCACCGUCAACAGUAUAAGAACGUGGUUUUGUAAAACUGGGUAAACUCUCUUUUCAUACCCGGAGUACCAGGAGCCUUUUCAUUGCGUGCGUCGGGUUACUUCGGUUUCGGCCUCAUAUCCUCAGCCGAGGGCCGAGGCCACGAGCGAAAAGCCAGGAGAAAAAAAACCUACUUUUCGGGCGGGUCAUAACACAGACUUGACUGACACCGAAACCGGAAACCGUGCAUGAAAAGUCUCUGGAUUUUCAGCGUUGUUAUUUCCCACUUGUUUAUAUUGCUUGUCUUACAGUCAAGCCAGGUCAGGCGUACCCCCAAAGAUGCCAUUAAGGAAUUUAUUAUUCCAAAGUUGAAUCCGUUGGUACUUGUAGCUCAGAUUCAUCUCUGCAUUCUUGCAUGCGUAGUGAGCUGUGAAUUCACACGCGAGGCAGUUAGGAAACUUCUACCAGCUCGGUUUCCCUGAAUUUGAUGUGAUUGUCUUUUAAGAAAUUUCAUCCAUUCAAAGAUUUUCAGUCUGUCCAAAUACAGAGAAGUUCUCGUAACAUAUUCACUGCUCAUUACGCAUGCAGAAUGCCGAAUUGAAUUCGACACCAGUUACAAGAACGAGUAACGGAUUCACGGCAUUUUUCAAAUAAUCAAUUCAAUUAAUCUUGAGGGGUAUGCUUGACCUGCCUUGACUGUCAAAGAUAAUUACAGCUGUGUUGAAUAUAUUCUCGGUUCUUAUCUCAAUUCGUUCAAUUUCCCUCCAAUUAAUCAUCACAAGUGGGUUUUUGAACAGGAUACACGAUUUUUAUUAUGUCGUUUCUUAUGCCGUUUCUUCAUCGCAUUGAUGGCAUUUAUUUCUUUUUUCCAGAAAUACCACUUCCUAACGAACAGGCUCGCAUGGAUAUUCUUAAGAUCCACUCAGCCAAGAUCACAAAACACGGUGAUAUCGGUAGGUGGAGCAUCUGUCUUUUAUCAAAGGCCGCCUGAUCCUUUAGUCCUCUUAAAUUUACACAUCUUUCCCGUGGGUUUUAUAGUAAAAGGUUUCAUUAUUAGGGACUUGUCAGAAAUUAGCAGGCGGGGAGGGGAAAUUAGGUGACCCAUCCCUUCAAUGGGAGUGAAAUUUGCAAACCCUCCCCUUAAGCUUGGCCUAAAGUAUCAUGACCCUCCCCACCUUACAGAAUUGAAAGAAAAAUGUUCCAGGCUCUUUAAGGUGCAGCAUUCCAAGCCAACAAGAAAAAAAGGAAACAAAAACAAUAUAAAAGGAAAGCAAAAAAAAGCUAGGGCAAAAAGAAUGGAAGCUAACUGCGAAAAGGUUAUUGAAACCAUUGCACCUCAGCAAGAGUCGCAUAAUGUGACAGAGCCUAUUGGCCCAUUAUCUCUUCAUUAUGAAGGAAUAAGUGGGCUCCUCAAAACACAAAGGCCAUAUACCCAAUAUACAGGAAAUUAUCCAGCAAUAUCUACGCUUCAACUUAAAUGAAAAUCACGAUGAUGAUGAAAGUGAUUGUAUCAAUGCUGAUGACAUAAAUGAUGAUGACAGCAGCAUUGAUGGUGACGCUGAAGACAGUGAUGAAAAGGAUAGCCAAAAUUCUAAUAACAUUAAUAACAACAUUAUUCAUAAUAAAAAUGCAAUAAGACUCUAUAGCAUUGCCGUGUAAUAAAUGAAAAGUAGAUGUUUGUUAAAUUCUUGCAAUAGUACUUCACAGUUUAUAUCCAUAAUGCUCCGUUGUUCUUAAAUUUUUUUUCUUUUUUUUUUUCACCAAAUAAAGAACUUCCUUUUUCUUCCGCAAGUGAACCUCUACAUACCCUGGGUGCCAGAGACUUUUCUAGCGCGGUUUGGCCUACGGCCGAAGAUUUGUCGGCCUUCGGCCAACACCGAAAAUUCCCGCCGCACGCGAGAAAAACCUCUGGUACCCAGGGUAACCUCUACACGAUCACGGGCCUAUAUUUGCAUGACCCUCCCCCUUUUAAACGGCCCAUUUUUCAUGACCCCUCCCUUUUCUGAGUCUCAAAAAGUUGUGACCCUCCCUCUGUUUCCGCCCCCCCUCCCCCCUGCUAAUUUCUGACAAGUCCCUUAUCACUUUGUCGGGCACUGCGGGUCAUUUUGCGGGCUAAAGCGUGGUUUUCACUAGCGACGGAGUAAGAGUCGGAGUCGUAAGAUAAGAGCGCUUAUGGCCUAGUGAAAAUAAAAAAUCGGAGUCGUAAGCGGCGUCAUAAGCGUGACAGAAUCGUAGUCAGAAGAAUCAGAACUUUCCCAUUUCUUCCGACUCCGCUUACGACUCCGUCGCUUACGUUCCGCUUAUGCUCUAGUGAAACCCAGAUUGUCUGAGUCGGAAGCAGAAGCGGAAGGAUAAACUAAUCAUAGUGCCCGUUCCCACGCUUUGUGAUUGGUUUAGUUCUUCCGCUUUUGCUUCCGACUCCGAUAAUCUGGUUUUCACUAGAUCAUAAGCGGAACGUAAGCGACGGAGUCGUAAGCGGAAUCGGAACGCUGUUUUUACUAGAUCAUAAGUUCUACCCUUCUGAUUACGACUCCGACUCCGUCGCUAGUGAAAACCAGCCUUAAGGUGAAGAAUUUGGCGGGCUUAAAUAUAUAAUAAAGCAAUGGAAUGAGAGGAUCAAACGGUCAUACGAUAUGAGCAGCCAAUCCAAAUGCCGCCGUUUUGAAUCGCUUGUCAAAGAAAUCACUCUGCCAUUUUCAAAGCUCAAAUAAUGGCUGAAAACACAACGAAAACAACAAACAGUUCUUAAUCUCCUCAGCUAAAGGAAGAAUAUCUACAACAGUUUGAGAAGCUUCUAAUGUAAAUAACGCCUGAAGUAGCUCCAUAGUCGGCGACGAAGUGCAUAUUGUUUACAUUUCAGGGAUAUACAAGAUUAAAAGUAGUACCUUUUUUUGGAGUUCAUGGUAGGGUAAGCGAAACACAGAGCGCGUAGGUACUAAGAAAUUCGAAAGAAAAAGUGACAGCCUAAGAAAACAUUCAUGAAGGGAUUUUCACGUUGCUUUUCCCAAUGCUUAGGUUUUAUGAACUAUCCCAACUGCCAACUUUCUGUAAGUGUUUUCAAGUUCUGCAAAGGCGUUUUUUUCCUCUCUCUCUUGCAGACUAUGAGGCUGUAGUUAAACUCUCCGACGGAUUCAACGGCGCUGACUUGAGAAAUGUUUGUACUGAAGCAGGUUUGUGUGGAAACAUUCCCAUUGCACUAAAUUUCUCGCCAACGUCCUUUGUUUCGUUAGACCGUGUUGCAUCUCAAGAAAUAAAAAUAGAUCCAAGGACGCGACGGCAACGAAAACGUCGCUUAAAAAGUGAAUUUCCGUUCUUUCAGGCGUCGUCUGAUUUUUUUGUAUCACUGGUACGAUUAGAGACAAACUGUAGUGCACUCAGUAUUACUACCAUUAAAAGAAUGUGAAUAUGUCUAUUUGACGUUCAUUAAAAAAACGUCAAGAGUAAUAAGCGUGAUAAGACAGCGACUCUGCAGCCAUAUUGCUACUCUUGAGGUAACCUGCAGCAACCUUUAUUUGUUGGAAGACAGGUUUGGACGUGGGUGGUAAAACGCGCAACAUCGCUUUUCAACACGUACUGCAGCAAUGUGCAAAACCAGCUGCGCGUUUUGUUGCCCGUUUUACCGUAGCUUUAGACAGGUUUAGCAAAAAAACAGUUAAGAACACCAAUUUGACCAAUCACAGAGCGGCACUUUGAGCACCAGAAGUGGGGACAGUCGCGUUCAGCCAUUUUCGCGCGCUUUCGCGUUCUCAGUUGACGUUUUGUCGCCUUUGCUACAUCUGCCUAUUAUUUCUAGUGUAAGAGCAUUAACUUCCCCCCCCCCUCCCCCCUAUUGUGCGGAAACUCCUGAGUUUGACCAUUUAUGGUUUUCUCCUUUUUUCCAGGAAUGUUUGCCAUUCGGGCAGAGAGAGACUACGUAAUUGAGGAGGAUUUCAUGAAAGCGGCACGCAAAGUCUCUGACAACAAGAAGCUCGAGUCCAAACUAGAUUACAAACCAGUUUAAUCAUAUCAAGCGCCAAGAUUUCUGUAGUUCUGUUUUUUUCGUGUUAAACACCAUUUUUCCUUCAAUAAAUAAUAUGGUC